AUUUUUGGUUCGUCUGUUUCUUGUUUUUCUCCGCCAAAACUUGUGGCAGGGACACAACUAGAAACACAGAAAGAACGAAAACUACGUGAUAAAUAAAAACUUUGGAAAUUUCUAGAGAACCGGUCCGUAAAAGAACCCACAAGUCCUCGAUCUUCACCACUAGUCUAGAACCUAUAUGCUAGUUUCUUUCUCCACCAGUUUUUCUCCAUCAGUGGGUGCUUAUUGGCCUAGGGUUUUAGUUGAUCCUCCUAGAUAUUCAAGGUCUCGUCUUGUGCGAAUGAAAGCCACAAAGGAUUCACGGAGUAUGUUCACAUAGGAGCAUCAUUGUGGCCCUGACUCAUGCCUUUAUUCGACAACGACAAAAGUUUCAAUAUCAUUCCACCGUGUACUAUUCUCUUUCUGUUUUUCUCGUUACAAGGCAUUUCUAAAUGCCGUUUUAAGUAAAAAAUAGUGGAAGACCACCUUUCUGUAUGUGUUACUACUUAUUAGUUACAAUAUAUUACACAUUAAAACUCACGGGUCUUUACUUUCUGUAAGUUGAAGUUAGUUUAAUUCUGCAAGCAAACUAUGUGCUCAUUUUAUGCAAUAAACCAAGUGAUCAAAGAAGAAUAGCAGUGAGUGUCAUCUGAUUUCCUUUCAUGCAGACCCUCCUUAUAUGUGCUUAUUUUAGCAAUAAGUAAGUUCUUUGUGAUAUAUUUUUUAUUAAAACUAACUCUGUUUUACAAUCCAGGUUUUUGCAGAUAUUCAUCCAACGGAAGCAAUAAGAGCUUGGAACCCUGAAUUAGGUUAACAGGGACGAGAUUAUUGCAAUUCUCUCCAUUGCUGCUGGUGCUCAUAUCUAGUCGAAAGAAGCGAAACAGAAGCUGGAACUUGGAACUGCGAGGUUUGAGAUUUUUGUGACUUAAAACAGUGAAUAUGGACCAUGGUGUUGAAGUAUUGCCCUCUAUAAGAACGAAGGAAAAGGAUGAAUGGAAAAGUAGGCAGAUUCCGUCAAGGAUGCCCUCUAGAAUUGCUCAAAUUCGCCUUGUAAAUGGGCAUCCAGAGGUUUAUGAACCCUGUGAUGAUUCCUUUGCUCUAGUUGAUGCACUCUUGGCUGAUCGAAAAAAUCUUUUAGAGCAUCAACCCAUGUUUUGCAUGGAAGUUGGUUGUGGUAGUGGUUACGUCAUUACAUCUCUAGCGAUCAUGCUAAUGCAGGAGGACAGUGCUGCAAGUGUCAGCUAUUUUGCUAUGGAUAUUAAUCCACAUGCUGUGAGAGUUACAAGUGAAACUUUGAAGGCUCAUACAGUCCUUGCAGAGGUACUAUGUGAUAAUAUUGCAUCGUCGGGGCUGGAAAAAAGGCCGUGGGGGAAGGUUGAUGUGAUGGUUGUGAACCCACCAUAUGUACCAACUCCAGAAGAUGAAGUAGGUCGUGAUGGAAUUGCUUCUGCUUGGGCUGGAGGGGAAAAUGGACGGACUGUUAUUGACAAAAUACUACCUGUUGCCGACAAACUCUUGUCCAACAAGGGUUGGUUGUACAUGGUUACACUAGCAGCCAACAAUCCUUCACAGAUAUGCCUUGUCAUGAAAGAAAAAGGUUAUGCAUCUCGUAUAAUAGUUCAGAGAUCAACAGAGGAAGAGAGCCUCCAUGUUAUCAAGUUCUGGAGGGAUCCUGAUCUUCAAGUGGAAGAGCCAAAGGAUCGAUCAGUGGCCACAAUGCAAAGAACAUCAUCUGCUGGAUUGAUGGAUUCUGUUUUCCUUCAAUUUCCCCGUAUGCCUUUUUGGAGGAACGAUAACAGUAGCACUUCAUAGGAGAUCCUGGUGAUAUUUCAUUUUACUUGUAUUGGUUGUUAGCAGGAUUGACAGGAUGGGGGAUGCACAUUUUUAAUUCCCUCGUCUGUAAUGGUGCAGCUCGUGGGGUUUAGGUGGGGUUUAAUGUCAGACAACAUUUUGUUAUU